CGUUGUCGCGUAAAUAAAUGGUGGGAAAAAGCUUCUAAGACUUUAAUGUUGUGAAAAAAUAGUCAAAAUUCGAAAAUUGUUAAAAUUCUUUAAAUAAAUGACUUGAAAAAUGUUUUAAAUAAAAAUCAACUCCACGAGAGGGAGUCCAAAGAGCAUCUCGCACAACUUACAAAAAAAGCAUAAACGAAAAUUGUUUAAUUGUUUAUCUGUGAGUGCGUACUGUACCGAGUACGGACUGUACUCGGUCCAUGUGAAUACUUGCAUUGAGUACUAUAAGUACUUGCAGUGUAUACAGCAUAUGGUCAUCUCCCUCUCUGACACUGACAGGUAUCUUGCUAACCAAUGAAAGUAUUUGGUAACCGAUGCAAGAAAGAGAACGCGUCAAACGAAUGAAAUAGCAUUCAUAAAUAUCAGCACGAAGGAAGAAAAAAAAAAUAACAAAAUAACAAGCUAUGUGUACACUGUGUACACAUAAAGUGCAUAGUUAAUAAAAAUAUAGAAAAUAUAAGUAAUAAAUAAUUCACAAAAAAAUUGGCUAUAACUGUUAUUAUUUACGUGUGUGCUCUGUAUUUGUGUGCUGGUCCAAGUGGUAAUGAAAGAAAAUUGCCUUCCAUGUAGUUUGUGUGUACACUGUACUCUCAGAAAACGCAAAAAACAGAAAUAAAUAAAAAUAGAUAACACCGCUAAUCCAUCUUCCUCUAAGGAAAGGAGAAGAGGGUGCAUAAUAGGAAAACAGAAAACAACAAACUGAAAACUUCAACUUCCCAAUCGGAGAGUGUAUAAUUAUCUCAAGUGAUAAGAAUUAGUACGGUGGAGUUUAUGGACCAAAGGUGCUCCUUGCGGCCAACUUUCUCUAGUUUCAGCAGCAGCAGCAGAAGAGGAAAACAACGUUAGAGCAGAAGAAAUCAAUAAUGGAUGUAAGCGAUAAAGAAGACUCCAGCAAUAUGGAGAGAAAUUCGAGGAAAGGCAAUAAUGGUGAUGAAGAAGAAGAGGGCGGCGGUAGUGGUGGGCUUGGCACGAUCGAUGGCGGUAUGGCAACAAAAAGUUCAAAUUCUUCAACUAAAUCACAAUGCAAACAAGUGCCUACUGCUGCCACUGCAAUGGACGAUGCCUAUGAUAGGGAUGACUACGAAAUGGAGACAGAGGACGACGACAAUGAUGAUGAAGUGGAUAAGGUGGAAACCAAGAAUGCUGGCAUUCACAGGGAAAAAGCCUUAAACGCCAUAAAAUCAGCAAAAUCUACACACAAAAUUAAAACGACCACCAGUAGUACUCCCACGACAACAACCAACUUGGUUCAAGACGAACAGGCAAAUAGCAACAUGGAAAAAUCAACUUUGACAUUAACACCAUCCACUACAGAGGAACCAUCACAAUCACCCUCGUCCAUUGUUGGUGCCGUUGUUGGCUGUGGGAAGGGUGGUAAAACGAUGCAACAAUCACCACAAGUUCUACCAUCACCAGCAGCUUCCACUCCCGAUUCAUCACCUCCCUCAACGACGGCUGGUUAUUCACCACCGCCAGGUUCAAAUCCAAAUAGUACGGGGGACCAUUCAUCUCCCAUUGGUGGAAAUGGCGAAAACUCUCCCGCAAAAGAGCAACAACUAAGUCCCCCCAACACCCAACAACAAUUACAGCCACCGCCACCUGUUCAACAGGCCAUUAAUGUGGUACGCAAUGGCACCAUACCAAAUGCGGGCAAACCAUUGAUGUCAACAAUUAGUAAAAAAUUGGAAAAGUCAGCCAAGUCGGGACGUUCCCGAAAACCCAGAGCAACCGCAGUGGCCAUGUAUGAAAGUGAGAUAAGCGAAAACAAAAUUGGUAUUAAGUUGUGUAUUAAGAAAUCGGACAGUUCUUUGAGUGCUGCAACUGCCGCCGCAAUAUCAGCCGUUACAAAAGGCCUCAACAAAUCGGCCACAUCAACAGCUGGAAGAAAUCGCAAAAGCUCGAGAAACUCAAAGCAACGCAUCAAACUAACCGAAAGUAAUGAUGAAGCUGAUGAAUUGAAUUAUGAGCCCAAGCGCAAAAAAGAUCGCAGUUCUAAAAGGCAGUCCGCGGCCGCAGCAACAGGCACAGCGACGGCUGCUGAUGCUGAUGAAAAUCAACGACCAGUCGUCGAUCAAAGUAUAUGGGGCAGAGAGUUACCAGAACCAGUGCUUUUAAAGAUAUUCCAAAAUGUGGUGGAAAGGGAGGGUUGUCUCCCCACCCUAUUCCGUUUGGGUAGAGUUUGCUCACUGUGGCGUCAAGUCUCUUUAACACCAACAUUGUGGCGAACCAUGGACUUGACCACUUGGAUAAAAGAGAAAUAUCGUACCGAACUGAAAUUGAAAUGGUUUGUGGAUAAUCGUUGUACAUGUUGCACAGAAUUAAAUGUUUCAAAUUUCAAAGUCACAGACAUUAAUUGUUUUCUAAUAAAAUUAGUGGCAGGCGCACCAAAUUUAACCAGCAUUACCCUUUCAGGCUGGAAAGGUUUCACAUGUGAUCAUUUGGCAUAUUUAGUAGAUAAUAUGAAAAAACUCGAACGUAUAGAUUUAAGUUCCGUCAAUGUGGAAAUGAAUGCUAGUAAAAGUGCUGUGGGAGCACAAUCAUUGUGCAAUUCUAUGCAAGUAAUGGGUGACAAAUUGACGCAUCUCUAUUUGGCGCACAACCGCUUAGCUGGUAUACCACAAUUAGUCAAUGUUUUAUCGACUCAUUGUCCCAAUUUAGUUCUAUUGGAUCUCUCCAAUGUUACCACCCAAGCCACAUCCCAUGGCAUUUUGCAUGUAGAGAAAUUGCAGCAAGGCUGUCCUAAACUGAAAGUUUUACGCAUAACCAAUUCUCAUAUUACUUUAAGUACUGCUUCCUUGCAAGAAAUGAUGGAUUCUCCCGGUUUUCCCGAACUUGAAGAACUUUCCGUUGCUGUUAUGGAUGAGUCUCGUGUCAUAGGAGAUGAACAUAUACAACGCAUCUUAAAAUCAUCUUCAAAAUUAAAACUCUUAGAUGUUCGCGGCUGUGCCCGUUUGACACAUGAAAGUCUUAUACGUCUGCCGGCAUGGGAUAUAAAACAUUUGUUUUUAUCCGGUUGUUCGGUGACCAGAGAUAUGGGAUCGGGUCUAGAAUUGAUAGCAUCAAAAUGGGCUCACAGUCUUAUUGAAUUGGAUCUCGCUUGGGCCAAUGUGCAACAGCCUUUGGAUAAUGCCUUACGUGCCUUGGCCGAUAAAGGUGACGAGUCGCGUUUAGCUCAUCUUAAUUUAUGUGGUUCUUCCGUAUCCGAAGAAGCAGUGAAGGAAAUUUUGGCCAAUUGUCCUCUAAUGAGUACCAUCAAUUUGGCCUCGUGUCGAGGUUUGCCGCGUGGUGUUAAACGACAAAUGCAAGGUCCCCAAGAGCUCAAUGAAUUGCGUGAUGUUUUAAAAGUUCAAUUAAAAGUCAAAUUACCAGAGAUCAUAACGCAAACAACGGAUGCAGCUUCAUCCUCAACGAUGGCGGCGGCGGCGGCAAAGGAGCCCUCAAAAACAACAGCAAAAAGUGCAAAUAGCAAUGAUGGUGGUGGCGGAGGCGGUGGUGGGCAUGGCACGGUCUCCAGCCCGUAAUAGUCCACACAAUAAUUUACAUAAAAAAUUGUAAAUUUUUAAUAACUGUAGUUUGUAUUUUUGUAUUUGAUUUAAAUUUUAGUUUGUGAACAUUUUCUAUGUAUGUCUCUCUCUCCCUCUCGGUCUAACUGCAGGCGCGCUUUAUUAUGAAAUAAAGCAAAACAUAAAGUCAGGAGCAAUUCAUAGCACAAUAAUUGCAAUUCGAUGUACUCCUGCAUUUCUCUUCCUUUUUUUGGUUAUUUCUAAGCGGUUUAUUUAUAAUAAAUCGUUUAAAAAAUUGUCUCUCACCCCUUAGAACUUUAGGAACAAAUGUUGAAAUUUUUCCCUCUCAAUCUUCCAGUCAAUAAAUUACGCUAUUGCGUAACCUAUUUCUUUUGUAAUUUUCCCUUAAAUUUAAAGAUGAAAAAAAACAAAAAUGUUUUUAAAAAUUUGUUUUAAUAUUUGUUGAAUUUUAAAGGACUUCUUUCUUGUAAGCAAAGAAGUAACAAGCAAUUCGCUCUACAGAUUGAUAUGACAUAUAAUGAUUGAUUGAUUUUGAUUUUUGUGUGUGUGUGUGUGUAGUAGUGAUGUGUAAAAUAAUAAAAUUUUAUCAAAUAUACAAAAAUAUAAAACGACACACUCCUCCUAUCCUUCCUUAAAUUCCUCCGAAAACAUAACAACAACAACAAAUUCAACCUAAUCACAACACAUACAAACGAGAUCAACAACAAACACAAUAAUAAGAAUAAAACAAAAGCAUUAACUCA